GUUUUCAUAAUUUUGACGUUCCUCACAUUCCGACAUAUCGUCCGCUAGGCAGUGGCAGUUCUGUAAUUUUUUGUCAACUGCAAACCAUCGAUCUCCUUGGUUUUCAUAUUUCCGCCGAGGGAUCUCCAAAAUACUCGAGAUUCGAAUCCCAUCCCGUUUCAUUUCUCUCCAUCUUCGUGCACGAAUCGUCUGGAUCGUUACGGUUGCGAUAUUCGAAUCUCUUAGAGCUUCCAGUGAGCUGAAAAUGCCUCUCAGACUCGCAAUCAAGAGGAAACUUGCUCAAAGGUCGGAAAGAGUUAAAUCUGUAGACUUGCACCCUACAGAGCCAUGGAUACUGGCAAGUCUGUAUUCUGGAACCGUUUGUAUCUGGAACUACCAGUCUCAGAUUAUGGUUAAAUCUUUUGAGGUCACCGAGUUACCAGUCAGGUCGGCCAAAUUUAUAGCACGGAAGCAGUGGGUUGUUGCUGGAGCUGAUGACAUGCUUAUUCGUGUAUAUAACUAUAAUACCAUGGACAAGAUAAAAGUAUUUGAGGCACACACAGACUACAUUAGAUGUGUGGCUGUUCAUCCUACCCUUCCUUAUGUACUGUCUUCGUCUGAUGAUAUGCUAAUAAAGCUUUGGGAUUGGGAUAAGGGUUGGGUGUGUACUCAAAUUUUUGAGGGGCAUUCUCAUUAUGUGAUGCAAGUAACGUUUAAUCCCAAAGACACUAACACCUUUGCAAGUGCAUCCCUUGAUCGCACAAUAAAGAUUUGGAAUCUUGGAUCCCCUGAUCCCAACUUUACAUUAGAUGCCCAUCAGAAAGGAGUGAAUUGUGUCGAUUACUUCACAGGUGGUGACAAACCUUACCUCAUUACUGGUUCUGACGAUCACACUGCUAAGGUAUGGGACUACCAAACCAAGAGCUGUGUCCAGACACUUGAUGGUCACACACACAAUGUCUCUGCAGUCUGUUUUCAUCCGGACCUUCCAAUUAUAAUUACAGGUUCUGAAGAUGGAACGGUUCGCAUAUGGCAUUCCACAACUUAUAGGCUUGAAAAUACAUUAAAUUAUGGCCUUGAACGAGUUUGGGCAAUUGGGUACAUGAAGAGCUCACGCCGGGUUGUGAUUGGUUAUGAUGAAGGAACCAUUAUGAUAAAACUUGGCCGGGAAGAACCUAUUGCUAGUAUGGACAACAGUGGAAAGAUAGUAUGGGCUAAGCAUAACGAGAUUCAAACAGUAAACAUCAAGAGUGUGGGAGCAGACUUUGAGGUUACUGAUGGAGAGAGAUUGCCAUUAGCUGUUAAGGAGAUGGGAACUUGUGAUCUUUACCCACAGAGCUUGAAGCACAAUCCCAAUGGGAGGUUUGUUGUUGUCUGUGGAGAUGGUGAGUAUAUUAUAUAUACUGCUCUUGCAUGGAGAAACAGGUCAUUUGGUUCAGCUUUGGAGUUUGUUUGGUCUGCGGAUGGAGAAUAUGCUGUGAGAGAAAGUACAUCAAAGAUCAAAAUUUUCAGUAAAAAUUUUCAGGAAAAGAAGAGUAUCAGGCCCACCUUUUCAGCCGAGCACAUCUAUGGAGGAACUCUAUUAGCCAUGUGUUCCAAUGACUUUAUUUGCUUCUAUGAUUGGGCAGAGUGCAGAUUGAUUCGACGAAUUGAUGUAAAUGUGAAGAACGUGUAUUGGGCUGAUAGUGGUGAUUUGGUGGCAAUAGCCAGUGAUACGUCAUUUUAUAUCCUGAAGUACAAUCGUGAUGCUGUGUCUUCCUGCUUAGAUAGUGGAAGGCCUGUGGAUGAACAAGGGGUUGAAGAUGCAUUCGAGCUCCUGCAUGAAGUUAACGAACGUGUGAGGACUGGCCUUUGGGUUGGGGAUUGCUUCAUUUACAAUAACUCUUCUUGGAGAUUAAACUACUGUGUUGGUGGUGAGGUAACCACAAUGUUUCAUUUGGAUCGACCCAUGUAUUUGCUUGGAUAUCUUGCCAGCCAAAGUCGGGUCUAUUUGAUAGACAAAGAGUUCAAUGUUGUUGGAUACACAUUGCUUCUUAGCUUGAUUGAGUACAAGACCCUUGUAAUGCGCGGGGACUAUGAAAGAGCCAAUGAAGUCUUACCUUCAAUUCCUAAGGAGCACCGUAACAGUGUGGCUCGUUUCUUGGAAUCACGAGGUAUGAUAGAGGAAGCUCUGGAAGUAGCUACUGAUCUGGAUUAUAGAUUUGAUCUUGCGAUACAGCUUGGUAGAUUAGAGAUUGCAAAGGAAAUUGCGGUAGAAGUACAAAGUGAGCCCAAGUGGAAGCAGCUUGGUGAAUUGGCUAUGUCUAUCGGAAAGUUAGACAUGGCCGAGGAAUGCUUGAAGUAUGCUGUGGAUUUUAGUGGCUUGUUAUUGCUGUAUUCUUCCCUAGGAGAUGCUCAAGGGAUAACACAACUUGCAACCCUUGCCAAGGAGCAAGGAAAGAACAACGUUGCUUUCCUUUGUUUAUUUAUGUUGGGUAGAUUGGAAGACUGUCUUCAGUUGUUGGUAGAAAGUAAUCGGAUUCCUGAAGCUGCUUUGAUGGCUCGAUCUUAUCUUCCAAGCAAGGUAUCAGAGAUAGUCGCAAUUUGGAGGAAGGACCUGAAUAAGGUUAACCCAAAGGCUGCGGAGUCAUUGGCUGAUCCUGAGGAGUAUCCCAAUUUGUUUGAUGAUUGGCAAGUUGCACUAUCUGUUGAAUCUAGAGCUACACAGGACAGGGGAGUUUUUACUUCGGCAGAGGAGUAUGCUACUCUUGCUGAUAAGCCAUACAAUACACUCGUGGAGGCAUUUAGGAGCAUGCAAAUUGAAGGACAUCUUGAAAAUGGAGACAUCGAUCAUGAGGAUACUGAACAGAAUGGAGAUGAGCAAGAGGAGCACAUUGCAGAACACAGUGGAGAUGAGCAAGACAAGCACGUUGCAGAACACAGUGGAGAUGGGCAAGACAAGCACAUUGCAGAACACAAUGGAGAUGAGAGCCAAGAGGAGGGUGAGGGUAUUGUGGUUGAUGCUGAUUCUACCGAUGGUGCAGUUCUCGUUAAUGGUAGUGAGGGUGAUGAAGAGUGGGGUACAAAUACCCCGUCAGCCUAAAAGCAAUUGGUUUGGCGAGUGCAAAAUCCAAUUUUGUCUCUGUGAUUACUGCAUAACUAGGUCGUGCAAGAUGAUUGGUUCCUGGUUGCUGCUUGGAAGUACCCAACUUGAGGUGAGGGAAUAGAAAUACUUGGCAUGAGAGGAGGGGGAGCUUUGGGGCCAUGAUAAACGGCAUAUGGAGGACACAAGUUUGUUUUACCGUGUUGGGAAAUAGCGACGCAAAAGGCCUUGACAUUCUUUGCAAACUACUACUUCAUAUAUUAUUGUGAUUUAGAUGCGCCCUUAAAUGUUGUUUAAUGACAUUAGUUUACAUUCAUUAUCAUCCUCGGGCCUUGUUCUUUAGGGAUUGUCUUGAGCAUCAUCGGCACUGAAGAAGCUUUCUUUCUUUUCUCUGUGAAGUUUUGUAAGCAUUUUGCUCCGGAGACUGCCCAAAUGAGAAUUUUACUGAUGCAAUUUUCUCGACCCAGGAAAGAGCAACUCUAGAUUUUAUUGUUUUCCUGUCGGGUUUGUUCAUUUGGCUCCAUAAUGUGUAAUUUUAAGGAUUAGCUUUGUGGUCUUUUUUGUGCUUCUUGAUUUACCUUGAGAUUUGGUUACGUUCAGUA